AGGGUGCAGCGUUAAAAUACGUCCCCACCAUCGUGAACGACGUCAAACUGGUCUUCGAUCCCAAGGAGCUCAGUAAACUGUUCACAGAGUUCAUUCUGAAGGUUCCUCUGGGUCGUCUGGUCAAACAGAAGCUAAACUGCCUCAUCGACAUCGUCCACAGUGAUCUGUUCACACAGCAUGACUGCCGGGAGAUCCUGCUUCCUCUGAUGACAGAACAGCUGAAGUUUCAUCUAGAGAACCAGGAGGAACUGGAGGCCUGCUGUCAGCUGCUGAGUAACAUACUAGAGGUCCUCUACAGGAAGGAUGUGGGUCCUACUCAGUGGCAUGUCCAGAUCAUCAUGGAGAAGCUCCUGAGGACCGUCAACAGAACAGUCAUCUCCAUGGGCAGGGACUCUCCUCUCAUUGUAAGUGACUCUUCUUCAAACCUCCCAAACCAACCUCGGGAACCUCCUAAAACUCUCUUCCUACUUCUUCCCUGCUCUACUGUGUCUGUGAAUCUGACAACCGGGAUUUCAGGAAAAACCCUGGCAACUUCUGAUAAAAGUUUCUAGAAUUUUGAAACUCUAAUCGUCCCUCUGCGACAUCAACUUCAAUCCAC